AUGAGGAGAUAUGUUUGGUCAGAAAUUGGGAAUGGGUUAUCGACUUCAGCUUGGUUCGAUUUGUGGAAUAAUAUAGGCCCGUUGAUUCAGGUUGUUUCCCCGAGACUUAUUGCGAAUGCAGGGUUUGCUUUGGAUGCUAAAGUGGCUGAUAUUUUCUUCGAGUCUUCGUGGGGUUGGCCGAAUGAGUGGAGAGAUCGGGUUCCGGCUCUAAAUCAUCUUGAUAGCCUUUCUAUUCAGCCGUAUAAGGAUGAUAAACUCUAUUGGCAUCAAGGGGACCUCCUUCAUGAUUUUUCUACAGCUAGAGCUUGGGAUUCGUUUAGACAUCGAGAGGUGGAGGUAGAGUGGUGUUAUGUUGUUUGGUUCAGCCAAUGCAUUCCUCGCCAUGCGUUUUUAAUGUGGCUUAUUAUGAGGCGUAAAUUACUUACUCAGGAUAAGAUUUUGAGCUGGGAUAUCUCACGGAGAAAAACCAUGAACAUGAUGUGUUGUUUGCUAUGCUAUGCCAACCAUGAUUCUCAUAAUCAUCUGUUCUUCGAAUGUAAAUUCUCGGAUCAAAUUUGGCAUAAAGUAAGACAUAAAGCGGGUAUGGAGACGGUUCAAUCUAGUUGGGAUGAUAUUGUUAAUUGGCUUGUAGUUCGGUCCAGAUCGAAGUCAGCUAGAAACUAUGUUGCAAGAUUAUUGGUAGCAGCCACAGCUUAUUUCAUCUGGCAGGAGCGGAAUGCUAGACUUUUCAAGAAUGAGUUGAGACCUCCGGAAGCCAUUACUGAUCUUAUUAUUUAA